AUGGAUUAUUCUAAACUAAGAAACUAUCGACACGCUGACCCUUUGAAAGUGCGGCAGGUUUGGGACACACUUGGUGCGGUGAAAGGUCAACGCGUUGUCGUCCCUAGCGAUAAACUUGUCAAAUCCCUUCGUAAAAAGCUGGAUCUGAAGGAUGAUCAAAUCCGACUUCUUUUGGACGAAAUAGAAGGCGAUGGGCUUGUUGAAAAAAUUGACCCUUCGUUUGGAAAAAGUGGACCUGUGAGCUAUCGCCUGCCCGACUUUACAAAACCAUGUCCUCGUGGAAAACAUGAUUGGUAUUGUUUUCAGUGUCAUAAACCAGGUGAAGUACUCAAAUGCACCGAUUGCUUCCGAGUUUAUCACUUAGACUGUGCACAAGAGGCGUCAAAACUAUCUAGUCCAUCGGGAAAAUCUUUGAGAUCACCCAUGUUGUAUGAUGGAUAUGCAGAUGACUUUAGUUGCCCGGUUUGUGAAUCCCGACCCAAAUGUGAGUUCUCACGAAAACAAAUCCGCAAAUUGCUUGAAUUCGCCACUCACCACUUGCGGAAGCAGUCAUUGUGGAAGACAUUUUUGCAAAUUGGUUAUCGAAAUGAAAUCAAUAAAAAUGAAUUCCUUGCCUAUAAGUAUACUGAUUUGGACCUGCUGCAACGGAAAAUCAAAGACGGUCGGUAUGCCGCUCUUGAAGAAUUCUCGAUGGAUGUUCAGCUUCUCGUGCAUGAUGUGUGCAUUCUUCAUGGUCUAUACAGUGAACAAGCUGAUGAAGUUCGUGUGUUACUUAGAUCCGUCAACACUGAACUCAAGGAAAUCCAAUUGUGCACUGAUUGCUAUAUCAACGCUAAAACGCGGCUGUCAGAUUGGAUUAGUAAACCUUGCAAACCCCCUCAUGAACUUAUUUGGGCGUGCAACCGUACUCCUACUGGCGCGGGUCUCUUCAGUGAUGCCGUUAUUUCUCAAUACUACUGGCCUGCUAAAGUGCUCCUCGAACGGGACGAUGCAUAUGAAAUUCGCUUCUUCGGUGGCACACAUGAACGUGCCCUGGUGAAAAAAUCCAACACCCGUCCGUUCCAUAUUCCGGCAGACGAAAUUGGCGUUUUGCGUCGCGGAAGUGGCUCCACUGGUGCUCUGCCUGGGGGUGGAUUUGAGAGAGCUUGGAACGAGGUCAGCAAACUGCAAGCUAAUAUCGACAGUGGUUAUUAUACUCAUUCUUCUGGUGAGAGUGAUCUUCCUCCUUCCGACGACGAAUACUCAGAUGAAAUUUAUCUUGGUCCUCGUCGAGGAAAACUCAGUUUAUACCAACGGACCAAUCGUGCACACAGUCCACACUCAUCGUCCACUUCUACCAACCGAAAAGAGAUUAAACGAAGACGCCGCAAUUCAUCCAGUAGCCGUCAAACCACCACGAGCGCUAGUCCAACAGGUGGUGAACCCUCUCCCCUCCUCGGAACCUCCCCAACUCGAGGUAGUCAAGAUCGCACUUCACACAAAAGUUUCAAAUCUCACACGCGAACUACCGAAUCCAGUUAUUCAACCCUUACUUAUGGUGAUAAAAAGCGUCCAACCACACGUAUCACCAUGCCCGCGGUACAGCCAGGCACUCCUGGAGCGGCUGCUAUAUCCGCAUUGGCGGAGACAAAGGCUGCAAUGGCAGCCGCUGUGGGAAAUCGCUCGUCAAGUGCGCUCACAUCAGAUCUGUUUAGUCUUACUUCCAAACAUGAUCCUGACAAUUUUCGAGGUCGUAUUAACGCAAAUAAAAAAGCAACUCCAACAAAAGCUUUGCGAGGUCGUCGCGGACGAGGUCGUCCGCCCAGAACUAGCAGUGGAGUACGACGCGGAGUUCGUGCUCGGUCGUCUAGUUCUUCUGCCUCCGCCCCAAACUCCAUCCAUAGUCCUGUCUCCUCAUCCGAUUCCUUAUCAGAUAUAGAAGAUGAAUUGGGAGAUAACCAUGCGUCUACAAACAGUGACGACUCUGGAAAAGUGUGGAAUCCUCGGUGUGCACUUGCGAAAACGUCCCAUGACGAUGAUCGUCGAGUGUUAGUCAGUAGCCUAGAUACCUCGGCCAGCUCAGACGGCGAAGAGACAUCGGAGCUUUGGUCCGAACUCUCCGGUCAAAAAUCUAAGCGUGAUGGAAGUCCGGUUCGUGGUCGAGGACGGCCCAGUAAAGCAGUGAAUCAUACUUCACCUGGAAUAUUGGAACCGGGUAAUAAGAAGCGAAAUACACCAAUGAAACCUGUUCGAACAGAUUCUUUCUCUACGAAAGGAAAGAAACCGCGCAAGAGUUCCGCGCAAUUAAAUGCUCUUGAUCGUCGAGACGAAGAUGAUGAACUAACCGACCGUUGCUGUUCACCUGCCGGAAUGGAUAGUCCUGAACAUUCGAAUCGAGUUCAACGUGGUCAUCGGCGACAUAGCCCGCAUGCUGGAGCAAGAAGCCCUUUGGGUACCGAAACGCGUUCGUUCAAUCAACACUCCCCAACGCGAAGAGCACCUGGUUUAGCAGCCGUGGUCAAGCCCUCACCAUCCAAACGCAGCGAAACUCUAUCUGCCUUACAGCGAUCCUCGCAAUCAAGCAAUUGCGAUUCCUAUUCCUCUCCCUCUAGUUCAGACAUUGAUGGAGACAAUGGCCUUACCUCCAAACGUAAAUCCGGUGGCAGAGGCCUUGACGAGGACCAAAAAUUUCGUAGUCCAAAUCGUGCUAAUUCGGGCGGACGGGAUACGAAAAAUUCGGGCGGAGCCGGUAGCACCAUGCUACGGCGACCACCAUUCGCACCUCCAUUGGGCAAUGCAAACAAUGCUGGAAGCGGGCAGCUAGCUCCGGAUCGGGCUGCUUUGUCUGCUGCAGCUAAUCUACUAUAUUCACAUGCAGCACAAAACUUUUCAAAUAGCCCCGAUCAUACCGGUGUAGGAAACGCUUCCACUGCAGCGGUACUCGCUGCCGCGGUCAGUCUGGCUGGAUCUAAUCAUCCUCUAGCCGGUGCUCUCAGUUCCGCGGCCUCCGGACUGCUAUCUGCAAAUUCAGCGUCGAAUACCUCAGGUCAUAAUAAUCUGCCAGGUCAUACCGCUGCUGUUUCGGCAUUACCCCGGUCCCAUCUACCACCAAACAAACGAGCUGCCGCGGCGGCCACUGCUGCUGCUCUUAGCGGAACAGGCACCGGAUCAAUAAUGGAACCGGGGCAUGUACUGAGUCAACAGUCGUCUCCUCGCGGUGGUUCCUCAAGUGGUUUAGACGCUCAUCCUCAGCUGAGUCCACGCAAACUGGCACACAAAGGUGUUCAGGUAACUCCUGUGUGUAUGGAAACCAAUCCGCCCUGUACAGAAUGUAAGCAGCGUGAAUCCGACCGCCUUGCUGAAGUUGCGGAACAUAAACGGGCGUUACGGGAACUUGAAGAGCGAUUGACCGCACAGUUUAAGGAGGAGAAGACUGUGGCGAUUGAGCAGGCUCAUGCCAAUAUGCACGAGGCAAUCGAACGGGAGCAGAAACUAGCUCAUGAAGCUCUUGAAGCUGCAGAGGCUCGAUUUGCCGAAGUGCUUGUGCAAACCAAGCGACGACAGUGGUGUCGUAAUUGUCUGUCCGAAGCAAUUUAUCACUGCUGUUGGAACACGUCAUACUGUAGUAUUCAGUGUCAACAAGAGCAUUGGCAAAAGGAGCACAAACGUCAAUGCCGCCGGAAGCGAUGA